AUGUUUAUGUGGUUUAUCCUAUUAUGGAUUAUAUCUUGUGUUCAUUCAAUUGAAUUUAAUCCAAAUGAAAUUAAUAAUAAAGAUCAAAAUACUCAAUUUGUUAUUUAUCCAUCAUUAUAUCUAUGUAAUAAUGGUUCAUUUUCAUUUGAAUUUCGUACAAUAACAAAAAAUGGUUUAAUUUUUUAUACAUAUGAUAAUUAUUAUUAUGAUUCAAUUAUUGUAUCAAUAUAUAAUGGAAAAUUAUUAGUUGAACAAAAAUUUGGAAAAAAUAAAUCAUAUCAAAAAUUUGAUCAAACAAUUAAUGAUAAUAAAUGGUAUAAAAUUGUAUUUAAAAGACGUUCAUCAUUAAUAACAGAAAUUAUACUUUAUACUGUUGCUUUACGAAAUGUUGAAAAUCGUAUAAUAAAAUCAAAAAUAUUAAAUUAUUCACCAUUUACAACAUUAAAUACAAGUUCAAUAGUUUAUAUUGGUGGUUUACCAUUAAAUAUAUAUAAAAAAGAACGUUAUUCAAGUGAAUUUUUAUUUUCAUCCUAUCAAGGUUAUAUACGUAAUCUUCGUUAUGGUUUAUGUGGAUGUCCUGAACGUAUUCAAUAUCCAAUUUUUUCAUCAUUAUUAAAUAAUUAUCAAUCUGAAGUAUGUGAACAACAAAUAUCAUUAUGUUCAAGUUCAUCAUGUGAAUGUUUAAAUGUCGAUGAAGAACCACGAUAUCAAUGUGAUUGUAGCAAUAAAACAUGUAGUAUUUUAACUAUGAUGAAUAACAAUCUUAUUGAAUAUAAAAUUGAUUUUACAUCUGUUGAAUAUAUAGCACAGAGUAAUGAUGCAUCAUCAUAUACAUUUGGUACACAUCCAUAUAUUUUUAAUGUUAUUAAAAAAAAUAUCAAAACAAAUUCUAAUGAAAAUAUUCUUACAACAUUUUCACCUAUUCAUAAUCAAGAAGAUACUUGUAUGUGGGAUUUAAAUACAUGUUCAGCAGAAUUCAUUUUAACAUUUAUUUUUUCAAUUGAACAAUUUAAUGGUUCACAAUCUAUAUUUGCACAAUAUUUUAAAAAUGAUGCAUCAAUUCAUAUAAAUUUUAUUGUUUUAAAUUCAACAUUAUCAACAUUACAUUUUGAUCUUUGGUUACCCUUUAAUCGUGGUAUUUUACGUACACAGCUUACUGAAUUUCCUUAUCAAACAACAUUAUUUAUUAAUCUUGUUUAUCGUUCGCCAUUAUCAUUAUCUGUUUUUCUUUUCGGUCAACUAAUGGAUUAUACAACCAAUAUGAUUUAUAUUCAAUCGAAUAAACCAUCUACAUCAUCUUCUUUAUCUUUUAAUACAUAUGUUCAAUUUCAUUCUAUAUCUUGGUCUUAUCAAAAGCAACCAUUUGAAUGUUGUGCAUUUAUGCACAAUGAUGAGCGUUUAAAACGAGAUACAACAGAUCUUGAUUUAUGUCAAUGCGGUGCUCUUACUGAAGCAUCAUUAAAUACCAAUCGUUUGAUACCAAAAACAAUUAGUGAAUAUCCAUCACCACUUAAUGUUCGAACAAAAUAUACAACUGAUGAAGAAGAUUAUACAUUAUCAGAAUCAAUAUCAUUUUCUAUUCUUACAAAUCAACAAAUAUCACAAGCAACAACUAUUCUUGCUGGAUUUGCAUAUGAUAAUAUUUAUUAUGUAUUUGAUAUUGAGGAUGGUAAACCAAAAAUAAUUUUUUCACAAGAUGAUCUUCCUGAUAUUAUUUUAACAACAAAAUCAAAUAAUCACAUAAUAAUUAAUGAUGGUAAAUGGCAUAGAUUAAAUAUUCAACGAUUAGAUAGAAAGUUACGUUUUGAUCUUGAUAAUAUUGAACAAUCUGAUAUACAAUUACCCGAUGGAUGGCAAGCUAAAACAAAUAUAUUUAUUGGUGCUGAAUUAACACCUGUACCAAAUGGAGAUUUUAAUGGAAAAAUUGGCGAUAUUCUAGUAACAAAUUCAGGACAAUCAAUAAAUCUUCGUGAAGAAGAUUUAACAGAUGAGAAUGAUGAAAAUUCUAAAGAUUUAACAACACCUAUUAUAUCAUCAUUAUCAUCAUCUAAUGAUAAAAUAUUUGUUGUUGUUGAUAUGAAAUCAUCAGAAAUAAGUCAAACAAUUGGUUUUCUUCCAAAUGAUAAUAGUGAAAUAAUUAUAUCAUCACCUAUAAAUACAGCAUUUAAUACAUUUAUAUUUUCAUUUCGUACACGUUCAAAUGUUAGUACACUUAUAGAAUUUGAACAAAUUAGUUUAAAUAUUGAUGUUGAUGGUUAUUUAGCAUUAGUUAUACGUGAUAGACAAGCACAACGAAUAUUAAUUAAUGAUGAACAAAAACCAAUUAAUGAUGGAAAUUUAUAUACUGUUUAUUUACAACGUAUAGAUAAAAAUCUUGAUGCAUGGAUAAUUAAAAAUAAAAAUUUUAAACCAAAUAAAAUUUCAAUUGAACUUUUAACAACAAAAUUAAUUGUUGAAAAUUUUAUAUUUGGUCCACGUAGUCAAUUUAUUGGUUGUUUACAAAAUAUUACAUAUAAUGAUCAAUUAUUAUCAUUUAAACAUUUAUCUUUAAAUAGACAACAAUGUCCAUCGAGUAGUAUUGCUUUAAAAUCUAUGGAAAUUUUAUCUUUCAAUAAUAUUUAUAUUGAUCAAAUUAUUUCAUUUAAAGAAUAUGAUCGUCCAUUGAUUAUUAAACUUGAUACUCCAGAAGAUUUUCGUACAUUUUCUUUUUCUUUUUAUACUCAAGAUUUUAAUAGUAUUAUUUGUUCAUUAGCUGAUAAAACUCAUGAAAAUUUUAUAACAUUAAGUAUUUAUAAUGAACGUUUAUUAUUAACAUAUGAUGAUAAACAAAAAAAACGUAUAAAAAUUUUUAUCAAUAAUUCAAUAUUAAUUAAUGAUGGACGUGAACAUAGAUUAGUAUUAAAAUUACUUAAUAAAGAUGAUAUUAUAUUUGAAAUUGAUGGAAUUAUAAUGACAAAAAAAUUUCAUACUAAUUUACGUAUUCAUACAAUUUAUAUUGGACAAUUAGAUAGUUAUAUAAAAGAAAAAUAUUCAGAUUUAGAUGGUGAUAAUUUUAUUGGAUGUCUUAAAGAUAUUAUGUUAAAUGAUAAAUCAAUUGUUAAAUUAGAUCAUAUACAUCAUAUUGGAAGAUUAACUAAUACAUGUCAAUUAUCAAAACGUGGACGUAAAAAUGUUGUAUCAUAUGUAUCACCUGAUAUAAGUUUUUCAAUGCGUGACCGUCGUGAUAUAAUUGAACUUCAAGUUCAAUCAAAUGAUGAAUUUCGUUAUUGUCAAAUGCCAAUAAAAACUCUAUCAUCAAAUGGUGUGAUAACAUCAAUGUAUUCAAAUGAUGAUCAACGUGGUUUAGUUCUUUGUUUAAAAGAUGGUAAAUUACAAUUAAAAUAUUAUUCACCAUUUAAUAAAACAUCACAAAUUCUAUUUAAUGAUAAUCAAACAAUAAAUGAUGGUAAACAACAUCGUAUAUUAGUUACACGACAAGUACCUGAAACAUAUUCAAAUGAUAAUAUGUAUAUACAAAUUGAUAAACGUACAACACCUGUAUCAAUACCAGAACGUUCACCAAUGUUUUUUGAUGUUGUUACUAUUGGUAGUUCAUAUCGUUUAAUGCCUGAUACAACAAAUCAACCAUUUGUUGGUUGUUUUGCUAAUGUUACAUAUAAUCGGCAUCCAUUAUUACCUGAAGGUGUGCUUAAAGCUGAUCGUUAUGAUUGUUUUUAUCAACAGGGAAUGAUGUGUGAUCGACAAAUUCCAUGUCAUCAGAAUAUUCGACCGUUACCAUUUUGUGGUCAAACUGAUUGUUCAAUGGUUUGUGCUCCAACAGCUGUUGAUAUGGGUAAUACAGGUUUAGUACGUUAUAUUACUCAAGUUGGACCUGGUCAAAAUGAACAGAUUGAUUUAACGAUUUUUACAACAUCAGCAAAUUCAACAUUAUAUAUAUCGCGUGAUGGUUCUAUACAAGUUUCAAUUGUUCUUCAAAAUUAUUAUCCACGUUUAAUAAUUCAAAAUGGUGCUGCUAUAUAUACAUAUGAUUUUCCUAGUCGUGUACGAGGUGAUCAAUGGCAUACAUUACAUUGUCAAAAAACAUCUAAUACACUUGAUUUGACGUUUGAUUAUGAAACUCGACGUUACACAAAUCUAACUGGAUAUUUUAGUUUAUUUGGUGAUAGAAAAAUUCAUAUAUGUGGAACAAAUUUUUAUGGCUAUGUUCAAGAUAUUAUUCUUGUAUCGGAUAAUCGUCGUGAAAAUUUAAUACAAAAUUGUAUUCAUAAUCCAUCUUUAAUCGAUUAUGAUCCAAGUGUUGGUUGGAAUAAUCGUGCUGCUAUACCCGAACCUGCACCUCCUCCUCCUCCACCACCAUCAUCUCAAUAUGAAGGACGAUCAGUAGGAUCUGUACCAUGCUAUCUUGGUUGUUGGACACCAUGUGAAAGAAUCAAUUGUUUAAAUGGUGGUUAUUGUAUUCAACCAGCAACAACAACAGCUUUAGCUUAUUGUCAUUGUCCUGCUCAAUAUACAGGAUAUCGUUGUGAACAACCACUUUCAACGGAUCCUUGUGUAAAUUAUCAGUGCAAUCACGGAACUUGUCAAAAAGAUCGUAAUAAUCAACCGUAUUGUUCGUGUUAUGAGGGCUAUGGUGGCUCACGGUGUGAAACCCAAAUCGAUCCAUGCGCACGAGUUAAUUGUAAUCAUGGUCGAUGUGAAAUCGAUCGUAGUGUAGCUGUAUGUCGAUGUUAUCAAGGUUAUACUGGACAUGAUUGUCUUACACCUGUGGACGUUUGUGACAAUGUCAAUUGUAAUUAUGGACAAUGUUCUAUUAAUCCAAACGAUGGCACAGCCUAUUGUGUUUGUUUACCUGGAUAUACAGGUGUCAUGUGUUUGGAAGAACUAAGAGUUGAAGUUUAUAUUGAUCCAUGUGUACGGUACGAUUGCUCUAGUGGUACUUGUACGAAUGAUCGAGGCGUAGCUCGUUGUAUUUGUCCAAUUGGACGUGUUGGAAGUCAUUGUCAAGAGGAUAUAUGUACAAUGUAUCCGUGUGCAAAUAGUGGACAAUGUGUUCCAGAAGGCAAUAGUCGACGUUGUAUUUGUUCAUCACCAUAUUAUGGUGAUGAUUGUCGAGAAAUUCAUCGACCAAAUCCAUGUGAUAAUGUUCAUUGUACUUAUGGAUAUUGUCGAGAAGGAAUUUGUGAAUGUCAUUCAGGUUAUUCAGGAACACGAUGUGAUGUACCACCUGAUCUUUGUGCUGGUAUUAAUUGUUAUCAUGGUUCAUGUUAUGAAGGUCGUUGUUCAUGUAUAGAAGGUUAUACAGGAUAUUAUUGUGACACACCAAUUGCAACACCUCCACCAGUACCUAUCGCUGUAGUAACAACUCUUCGUAUACCAUUAGCAGCUCAAACUGGUGCAGUUAUUGGUGCAAAGAAAGGUCAACUAAUUGAUUAUGGUCGUCUAUUAGGUGGUCGUGCUGGUCCUAUUGGUUGGAUAUUAGCUAUUGUUUCUGGUUUAUUAUUAUUGCCACUUGCACUUGCAUUUGCUGCACGUAAAUGUACACAAGGUGCAUGUUUACCAGGUGGUGGUGGUCGAUCUGGUUAUGUACCAGUAUUAACAGGCACAUCAGGUGUAACACAAACUGAAAAUGCACUUUAUACAGGUCCUGAUAAUCGUGCAACACGUGAUCUUCAAUUAGUUGAUCAACGUGGUGAUAAUUUAGCUGCAACAGCUGCAGCUGCAUCAUCAGGUGGAAUGGAAACAACACGUAUUGAACAAACACGUGAAAUUGUUAGAGAAUAUGGCGGUAUGGAUACUGCAGGUGGUGUUUUUACUAAUUAUCCAACAAUGUCAUCACGUUAUGGUGAUUUUGCACGUGAUGCACAUCAACAACAAUCAUCAUCAGCUUAUUCUCAACAACAUGUAAUUGAAACAGAUUAUCAUGCACCACCUGUUGGUGAUUUUGGUUAUGGUCGUGGUGGUGGUGCUGCUAUGGAAGGUUAUCGUGAUACAUUUGAUUCUUGGGAAGGUACAGGUGGUGGUUAUUCUAUGAAUGCUAUGUUUGCUGAUGGUGGUCUACAAACAGAUUAUGAAUUAAGUAAUAUUAAUUCAAUUAGUAUGACACCAAAUGGAAAAUAUGCUAUUGUUGGACAAAGUCAAGGACCACCACAAAUAUGGGAUGCUGUUAGUGGACAACUUGUUUCAAGUAUGCAAGGAACAAGUUCAAAUUGUAGUAAAGUUGCAUUAGCAUGUAGUGGUACACUAUUAGUUGGUUUAGCAAGUGAUGGUAUUGAUGCACAACCAUGUGUACUUCAAAUAUGGGAUGUUAAUACUGGUAAACCAGUACAAUUAACACAUCAAAUAAAAUGUGCAACAUUUACAUUAAGUAAUAAUUCAAAUAAUCUUAUUAUGGCUGGUAAUCAAAAAUAUGGACGUGGUAUAUCAGUUGGUAUACUUGAUUUAAAUAAUUCUGAAUUAACAAAAGAAAUCAAAUCUGAUACAAAUCAAUCCUAUGGUGGUACACCUUCAUUUAUAACAUUAACACCUGAUGAACGUUAUGCUAUUGUUGGUUGUCCAUCAGGACCAACAUCAACAAAUUAUGUUGUAUUUGAUUUAACAACACAACAAGAAUUAAUUCAACCACCAACAAUAACAUUAGAAUCAGAUCCAAAAUGUUCAAUUGUUUUAAAUAAUGAACAAAAUUUAACUGGAACAAAAACAGGACAAUUAAUACUUUGGGAUAUACCAACAUGUCAACGUUUACAUACAUUAAAUGAUAAUGGACAAAAUGCACAUCGUGAUCGUAUAACAGAUUUAAAAUUAUCACCUGAUCGUACAUGUUUAGUAUCGACAAGUGCUGAUGGUACAGCAAAAGUUUGGGAUGCUAAUUCAAAAGAACUUAUUUCAAAAUUAAUUGGACAUAAACGAGAAAUUACAUGUUCAUGUAUAUCAACUAAUCAAUUAGUUGCAACAGGCUCAAAAGAUCAAAAUAUAUGUUUAUGGCGUUUACAAACAGGACAAAUAGCAUCAACAAUGCCAAUUGGUAUGACACCAAUUGAUAUACAUAUGGCUGCACACAAUCGAACAAUAGUUGCUAUUGGUGACAAAGAUGGUGAAAGACAAUUAUUAAUGCUUCGUGUUAUAUCUGUACAACGAUAA